AUGCGAGGCGAUCUGGAAAUAAAAAUUAUGGUGGUCAUAAUGAAAGCAUGUCAAUAUUUGGUGGACCAUGUACAGGAUCCGCCUACUUAUAUAAGCGCCCAUUUCCGCAUUUCUGAGGUUUUCUUUCUCUUUCCAUUUUCUCAACGCCAGUAGUUCUAUGCAUGGAGCUACUGUGGUCCAUGGGUCGCAUUUAUUUUGUUUAUAGAAAGUCAUGACUGCAAAGGCGCAGUUAGCCGUUAAAAUAGUAUAGAGCAAAAUUACAGCCAUUAAUUCCUGGUUUGUAUUGAUAAUUCGCAACACAGAACAAACAUUUCAGCUCAUCAAACACCCCCCUCCGGCCUCUCUCUCACUCUCUCUCUCUUUCUCGUCUAUUGUAUACACUGUCACGGUCGACCAGGUUUAGACGACACAUGUGGAGAGAUCAUGCGGAUGCAAUCGAAGCUCGUUUAUAUAGCUCGCUACUUUAUAUUGAUUGGGACUCUGCUUGCAUUGUGUGGAAGGAGCCAAGCAGUUACAUAAACCUAGCUCUUGUUUAUCCAACGACCAUUUUAUUACUCGAGUCUAAAAGUGUACUUUCCUUGUAGGAGUGGGAUCAAAGUCAUAGAACCACUUAAGACCAGGCAACAGAGUUGAGGACAACAUGGCUAACUUUCAGAGGAAUGGUCGAGAACCCAAAAGAGGGGGAUCUCCAAAUAUAAAACCGUCAACCACUAAAUACGACUACUCGACAUACCGGCUAUCAUCCCCGCUAACCGAAAUAAAAGCCACGUACGAUGUGGUGGUUAUCGGAUCCGGUUACGGAGCGUCUAUUGCUGCUAGUCGGUGUGCUAGAGCCGGUCAGACGGUUUGCGUUCUAGAAAGAGGGAAGGAGUGGUGGCCAGGAGACUUCCCAGAAAGCGAACUCAAAUCUUUCAACGAGUUACAGGUGACAAGACCGGGACAUAAAGCCAUUUUUGGUAAAGAGACUGGACUUUUCGAUAUGGUGGUCGGGAAGGAUGUCAGUGUUCUGCAGGGCUGUGGACUGGGAGGAACAUCUCUUAUAAACGCUAAUGUCGGUCUCGAGUGCGACAUCCGGGUCUUUGAUGAUGAGCGCUGGCCAAAGGAACUUCGCGAGGACUUAACCGUGAUGUAUGGCGAUGACAGGCAGCAUGUAUAUGAUAUGUUAAGACCGGAGAGAUACCCAAAUGACUUCCCUGAACUUUCCAAGAUGAAAGCGCUUAAACUAGGAGCUGCCCACCUCGUCAAAGAUAUCGAGGAUUUACAGGUUUCUGAUGUUUUCAGCAGGGUGCCGCUAUAUGUCAAUUUUAAACAUGCUGAGAAGAACGAAUUUGGAAUACCCCAGCCUGCAUGCAACGGGUGUGGCAAUUGUGUUGGAGGGUGCAACGUAGGGGCUAAGAACACCCUCAACUUCAAUUAUCUGCCAGACGCAAGAACAUUUGGUGCUGACAUCUUCACGCAGGCUAAAGUAAAAGCAGUUCUUCGUGAAGAAUCUAAAGGCAUGUGGAAGGUGUUUUACGAAGUGCUGGUCCAGGAUGUCUUCCAUGUGGUCGAGCAGACGGUACGGGCAAAAUUUGUCAUCAUCGGCGCGGGUUCUCUUGGAUCCACCAAUAUCUUGAUGAACUCUGCUGAACGAGGCUUGCAGCUAUCUGACAAACUAGGAGAGGGAUUCACGACAAACGGUGAUGCUGUGAACUUUAGUUACAAUACGGCACAUAAAGUCAAAUGUGUCGGUGUCAAAACGAGUGAUGCCAAACCAGGACAUGGUCCAGGGCCUUGCAUUGCAUCUGUCGUUGAUAUGAGGCUCCCUAAUGCCCCACUGGAAGACGGAUACGUACUUGAGGACGGGACACCCCCUGUCGCUUGGGAGGCUCCUUUGAAAAUACUUCUCAAGACCACACGUGGAAUAAAGCUCUCUCAUGGCAACAACACACGUGAAGCACUACGUGCCAUAUCUGGCCAGGCCGUCAAGAAUACUCUAUCUGUCCUUUCCAUGAGCCAUGAUUCUGCAGAUGGAAAACUGGUUCAUGACAAGGUCAGUGGGCGAGUCACGGUUGAUUUCCCGAUGGUUGGAUGUGGAGAUAACUUUCAUAAGAUCUUCGAAGGGUCGAAGAAGUUGACAUCUGCUUUGGAAGGACAUCACAUCCCCAACCCGUUCUGGAAGGGUAUGCUGAGUGAGCUGAGGAAUACCAAGGGUGUCAUAACAGUACACCCACUUGGUGGUUGCUGCAUGGGCGAGUCUGGAAAGCAAGGCGUCGUCAAUCAUGCCGGUCAAGUUUUCGUUGGCAACUUCGAUAACGUCUACCCUGGCCUUCUUGUAGUUGAUGGAGCAAUCAUGCCAAGGAGCCUUGGUGUGAAUCCAACACUGACAAUUUCCAUGGUUGCUGAACGAUGUAUACGUCUUCUAGCAAACAGGCAGGGUUGGACCAUAGACUAUCCAUCUAGACGAAACAUAGCUACAGUAUACAGGAAGACCAAACCCGGAUUCCGCUUCACAGAGAAGAUGACCGGUAAACUGAUUAUUGGCAACGAGAAGGCCCAGUUUCACUUCAAACUUACCAUCGAAUCGAAAGAUAUAUACCACAUGCUGAUUCUCGAUCCUAACCAUCGCGCCGGAAUCUUCGGUAUUGUCAAGUGUGAUGCACUGUCAAAUACGCCACUGACUGUUUCUGAUGGCGUCUUUCAGUUGUUUGCAGAGAGCGAAGACAGGGUUGAGACCAAAGAAAUGAUCUACAAAAUGACCUUGACCGAUGGAGAGGGACGCGUUUUCUACUUCCAUGGUGAAAAAUGCAUCCAUAAGAAUGGUGUCCUGGCAACUGGUCUUACUGAUACGACGCAUAUGAACUUCACCGUGACGAAGGGGUCCGAUGCGUCAUCAGAGAAAGUCGGGGAAGGUAAGCUGAAGCUCAAGAUCCGUGACUUCAUGAAACAGCUCACGACCAUCGAGGUCACCAACUGCAACAAUGCCAAAGAGAGAUUGAGAUGGAAGACCAAAUUCUGCAAAUUCUUCGCUGGUUCUCUAUGGGAGGUCUAUGGCAUAUUUAGUCCUUCCACAACACCGUUUGAUCCCGAUGCAUCUCCGAGGGAAAGAAGACUCCUAAAGAUGGAUCAAGAUGACAUUGUUCCCAUGGAGCUUCCUGCAGGAGAUGGUGUACCGCUUGUCCUAACGCGUUACAGAGGAGGGGGGAAAGGUCCUAUUCUACUACUUCAUGGGCUAGGUGUUUCAAGUCGCAUCUUCACUAUUGAUACAGUCAACAAGAACCUGGUGGAGUACCUGGUAGAGAAAGGAUUUGACGUUUGGUCCAUGGAUAUGCGGUACUCAAUAUCGCUGCCGUCUCACAAGAAUGGAUGUACUGUCAUAGAUGCAGCAGAGUUCGAUGUUCCCGUCGCAAUUGACCACAUUCUUCAGGCGACCAAGAUAGCCAGCGUCCAGAUCUUCGGCCAUGGAGUCGGAUCCCUGGUUGCAUUUGCUUCACUCCUCGGAGGUUAUCUCGCCAAAGAGAAAGUCAGUAGUAUUGUAUCAUCUCAGCUUGGGUUCGUAGUCAAGCCCUCUGCAUCAUCCACUACCGGUCCAAACUUCAUUGGCGAUGGUGUUGAUGCGUACACCGACACUAACGAGAACUGGAUGGGGAGAGUGUUCAAUGUCAUAUCGGACAGAUAUGCCAGCUUUGUGACGUCAGCUAAGGAACAUUGUGACAGCCACGUUUGUCACCGUGUCACUUUCUUGUAUCGGCCGUCUUGGCAGCACAGUAAUCUGAACAAGAAUACUCAUGACACCUUGCACGAAUGGAACGGCUUUACGAACAAGGAUCUCUUCAAGCACCUUGCAAAGUCUUCUAACAAGAAGGUGUUGUGCAACCGUGAUGGGGACAAGCCUCUCAUUCCCAAGUAUGACGCAAAGAACUACCAUGAGCAUACAGAGUACAAGGAAGCUAUGUCACGCCUCAACGUUCCCAUCCUUUACUUCAUGGGAGAGAAGAACAGUCGUUGGGAUAAGAAGUCGGUCCAACGUAGCCACCAAAGAUGCCAGGAAAGUCAUCCAGAUCAGCACUAUGAAUGCUUCAUGGUACCUGCUUAUAACCACUUAGACUGCAUCGUUGGCAAGAACGCCGAAAAAGAUGUCUUUCCACGAUUCUUGCCAUUCCUCGAAAAAUACUCAAUUCCACAUGACAUAUCUGAUAACUCAGAUUUAUAAACUGCCUCACUGAGAGAGGAACCCAAUGAGUUUAUUUGUCACAAAUUGCUUGGGUUUGUCGUUGUGUACAUAAACUUAUUUUAUUUAUCAUUCCACUUAUAUAGCAUAUUCAAAUAAACUUGAUGAAACUCAAGCACUGAUGCAGUGAUCCUUAUCCUGGAGGGAUAUGAUAUAGUAUAGGAGUGAGAAGACAAUUAUUGCAAAUAUUAGACUUCAGGAGCUCGCUUUCCUGUGCAUUAAUGACAUAAUGCAACACGAUAUACGGACUGCUAGUUUGCCACAUACAUAGCUCACAACCACCGACACAUUCUUAAAAAAAUCUAAUGAUAAUGCUGCACUUAAAGCCUAUAUGUAACAGAUUUGUUUAAUGAUUAGAUGUAUGUAUAUAUUUGCAUUGUUGCGGGGACUGACUGAUGCUAAUCUUUUUGAAGCUGUCAAUGAAUUCAAUAUUGUAUCGUAGAACUUCUGAUUCGGAUAGUAGUGGACCAUGGUUGCCGUGAAUGAUGUAUAAACGGAAUGUAAUACUUUGUAUAAGGUCGUAUAUAAUACGUAUAUGGGUGUAUGAUAACAUUUUAUUAAAAAAAAAACACUUUAACCCUUAAAAAAUGGGCUAUUUAGACGCCCAAGAAGACGGGGACUGAUUCAGGACCCACACCCUUAUCAUCUCGGCCGUCGACCACGCUAUCGCGACGAAAGUCGGCACGCGCUUUACCAAUGGCGUAAUCUACAAAACUGUAUGAUCAAUUAUUCUUCAAACAAUUUCAUUACCAUUUAAAUAUGCUAAUUUAUAUUUUAAAAAUGAAAAAAAUGCUCUAAUUAACUAAAUAUGUCACCCAAACGGCCCCAAAAAAUACAGACUCUUCGUAGGAUUCUGAUCAAGUGUACUCAAACAAAAACUCAAUAUCACAAUUUUUUCUCAUGUAUUUUUCUUCUAACGUGUUAAUUUGUUUUCCGGCUUUAAAGAAAUUCGAAAUCGUCGGCGAAUUUAUUCUGAUUAUAAACAAGACGAAAUUCAUUGAGUUUAAUCAGUAAAAGUAGAAAUUGUACUUUUACGAUUUUUGGCUAAAACACAAUUUCCAUUGGAUUUUUCCAACGUUAGUGCUUUGAGGGUAUAAAGUACGCCCCUCACGUCUUAUGUUUCUCCUCUCAUGUAAACUUUAGGCAACGCUCUUUCCACUCAUAUUUUCAUUCAUAUUUCCUAUAGCCUUCUUACAUCCCACCCCCCCCCCCCUCUCUUUAAUCUACAGAUGCUACAUACGAAUACAGAGCAAAUGUAUAUAUUGAUGUAUACCAAUGCAGUGUUAACAUAACUUGUAUAGAUAUACAGUGCGUAUUAAAAAAAACGGGACAGAUUUGAAAAUUUUAUCAAAUUUUUGUUUCAAAUAAUGAUGUCUAUAUUUUAGUGUUAAUAGAUGCUCUAAGGUCUUAUCUUUUAAAUGCAAUUUAAAAAAAUAAAUUUUAUUCAUGCUUGAGCGAACACAUGACGUUUUUGUUGGGGGUUCAAAAAGAGGCUUGCGCCAGAAUUGCAGAAUAUGUGUAAUACAGUGAUCAGACUUUUUGCUAAUCAGGAGACUUCCUCUUGACCUUUUCAUUAUCUGUGCCACAAUUUUCAAAUUAUGCUGUCAAAUUUCACUUACAAAGUUAUUUAUUUAAUUGAAUUAUUUUGUUUUUCAUUUAGACUUCUCUUACCUUUUAAUUUUCCUUCAUAAGUAACUGAGGAAAGAAGAUUUUUUUUGUCAACCCAAGCAAGAAGAUUUGAAUUAUUAAUUGGGAAAACUUGUGAUUAUUCAAAUCGUUUUAUUAUGUGAAACAAAUUAUGUUAUGUACCUUUAAAAGACAUGAAUCUAUUUUCCAAUGGGUCAUUAAUUCCUUGACCAAGUUAAUUGCUUGACAGGAAACACAGGAAGGGAUUCAUGUCUUUCAAUGACCAUGAUGUAUUGAGUGAAUUUUGAAGGAGCUAGAUAUGGCAGAUCGAGUAAAAUGUAUUAAAAAGUUGUGAGCGAGCGAAGUGAGCACGCAAAUAUUCCCACUUUUUUAAAUUACAAUAUCAAAGUUUGUGAUAGAAUUUGACAUAAUAUUCAGAAAAUAAUAUCAUAUUUUACUUUCUAUCUUUCCUUUUAUUUCCUGUCCACUUUUUUCUUGGUCAUGAUUUUUUUAAUUAAGGGGGGGGGGGAGCAACCCGAGCGCCCGCCCAUCUGUGUGGCUUUGUUCAAAAGGAACCAUAACCUUUGUAGCACAUAAUGAAAGGAUUUGAAUAAAAAAAAUCCAUGCUCUCCCAUAAUUCGGUUGUAAAGAAAAAUUUUUGCUUGAAGAAGGAAUAUUCAAAGCUAACAGAGAGCAUAUUAAAAAGAAAUAACAGAAUAAUUCAAGCAAAUAAAUAGAUCUGAAAAUGAAUUUUGACCGCAUGAUUUGAAAAUUAUGGCAAAGAUAAUGAAAAGGUUAAGAGGAAGUCUGCUAAUUAGAUAGAAGUCCGAUCAUCAUAUUACUCAUAUUCUGCAAUUCUGGCGCAAGCCUCUUUUUGAACCCCCAACAAAAACGUCCCGUGUUCGCUCAAGCAUGAACGAAACUAAUUUUUUUUAAUAGCAUUUGAAAGACAAGACCUUAGAGCACCUAUUAACACCAAAAUAUAGACAUAAUAAUUUGAAACUAAAAUUUUAUAGACUUUUCAAGUCUGUCCCGUUUUUGUCUCACCUGCAUAGCAGAGUGAGACUAUAGGCGCCGCUUUUCCGACGGCGACGGCGACGGCGGCGGCGACGGCGACGGCGGCGGCGGCGUCAACACCAAAUCUUAACCUGAGGUUAAGUUUUUGAAAUGACAGCAUAACUUAGAAAGUAUAUGGACCUAGUUCAUGAAACUUGGCCAUAAGGUUAAUCAAGUAUUACUGAACAUCCUGCCUGAGUUUCAUGUCACAUGACUAAGGUCAAAGGUCAUUUAGGGUCAAUGAACUUAGACCAUGUUGGGGGAAUCAACAUCAAAAUCUUAACCUAAGGUUAAGUUUUUGAAAUGUCAUCAUAACUUAGAAAAUAUAUGGACCUAGUUCAUGAAACUUAUACAUAAGGUUAAUCAAGUAUCACUGAACAUCCUGCAUGAGUUUCACGUCACAUGACCAAGGUCAAAGGUCAUUUAGGGUCAAUGAACUUUGGCCGAAUUGGGGGUAUCUGUUGAAUUACCAUCAUAACUUUGAAAGUUUAUGGAUCUGAUUCAUGAAACUUGGACAUAAUAGUAAUCAAGUAUUACUGAACAUCCUGUGCAAGUUUCAGGUCACAUGAUUAAGGUCAAAGGUCAUUUAGGGUCAAUGAACUUUGGCCAAAUUGGGGUAUUUGUUGAAUUACAGCCAUAAAUUUAAAAGUGUGUUGGUCUAGUUCAUAAAACUUGGACAUAAUAGUAAUCAAGUAUCACUGAACAUCCUGUGCGAGUUUCAGGUCACAUGAUCAAGGUCAAAGGUCAUGUAAGGUCAAAGAACUUUGGCCACGUUGGGGGUAUUUUUUGAAUUGCCAUCAUAUCUCUAUAAGUGUAUUGGUCUAGUUCAUAAAACGUGGAAAUAAGAGUAACCAAGUAUCACUGAACAUCUUGUGCGAGUUAUAGUAGUUUUCAAAAUCAGCACUGCUGCUAUAUUGAAUCGCGUGAUGCAGGUGAGACGGCCAGAGGCAUUCCACUUGUUGUUGAUACGCACUGUAGAUCACCAUUCAUAUACUCAGCACCUGAAUUAAUUUUGCACAACUGUAACCAUGAAAGAAAAUGCGUUCAUAAAUAUCUUAUAUGUAGUGUAGUAAUUCCCUCCUAUUGUACAAAACAUAGCGAUUACACCUCUUGAAGUACAUUAUGUUGGACAUCGUACAGUAUAUUUAAAGAUAUAGUUAUAAAGCUUACGAAUAUCGGAUAUUUUAUUUAACUUUUUCUUGCCACAAAUUUAAUGGAGAUUAUAUAAGAAAAUUUGUUGAAAGAUAUUCAAUUUUUAACUUAUUUAAGCAUACGCAGCGAUUUAUUCUGGCUAAAUAUGCCACACAUUAUUUCAGUAAAGUUUAUACAAUUAGGGCAAACAGUAAUAAAUUAAGAUUUCUUUAUCACUGUUUAUAGCAGUGGCUACACAUGAAUUCCAUAUAUUGCAUUUCUUAAUAUUGAAAUGAUUUACCCCAAUAUAAAAACAUCAUUAGACAUGUUAGAUUUACAAUUUAUAGUGUAUUGUUUGAAAACAAAAUUUAUGGAAUUUAUGAUACAUAUAUACUCGCCAAUGGCAUCAUGAAAUUAAAACUCAUGGGUUAUGAGUUCACUGUAAAAACUGCGGUGUUAAAACUGACACCAGUUGGUGUUAAUAGAGGACCAAACCCCGAGGUGUUAAAAUUACACCCGAGAGAUUGAACAUAACACCAAAGAGUGUAAAUGUAACAACCACAGGUGUUGUAAUAACACCUAUAGGUGUAAAACUAACAGCACCAAUUUAACACCGGUGUAAAAUAACUGGUGUGGUCCUCUAUGUACACCGGUUAACACCACAGUUUUUGCUGUGUUGGUGUGUGUAAUUGCACGCGUAUUACUGAUGGCGUGCGCAGGUGUGUGCAGUUCUAUGGUGCAGUCCAAGUCUGACGGCAUUUCUCAUACUAACUUACUAAUAAUUUUCGUUCAGUACAUCUACCACAGUUAUGCAAUGUUCUACUUUAUCAAAUAUAUAAAAAAAUAAUUAGAAAACCAACCAAUAUUACUAUUUUUAAUAAUACACCAAAUAAA